GCGCCCCCCCUGGCCGAGGAAGGUGAGCUAGUGUCUGGAGGGGAGGACUCGGGAGCGCGGCCAGCCGAGGGAUCGAUCGGAUUAAACUCGAUUUGAGUGAAAUUAACACAAAGGAGAGAAGAGCAACGCGCACUAGUCGGCGAGGUCGCGCGUGAGAGCUACAUCGAAGAAAUAUUUCACGAAAAACAAGAAACUUGAACUUUUUGCCCCCUCUGUUUAUUUAUAUCGCGGUGGAUUUUUUUUUUUUUUCCCAAGCAAGCGGAGACAGUGUACCCUUCUGACGAGGAGUUGAUUUGAUAAAAAGCCAGAAGUGACCGAGCUUGUUGGGGAACCUUGAUGAGGACCAUGGAAUUGAAAGCUUCAAAUUAGUAGCUAUCAGAUUAGCUCUUAACUGCACAACACACCUCACACCUGUGGGCCCACCACCCAGCCAUGGCGGACCCAGGGAUGUUGAGUUUAUUUGGGGAUGAUGCAGGGUUGUUCUCAGAUGGAUUAGAUGGUUUAGGAGACUGCUUUCCCCAGCAGCCAGCCCCUGGUCAAGCCAACCCUCUAACCCAGCAGACCAAUUCUUCACUGAACCAUGAGCACCAGGGGAACAGGAGUUACCACCAAGGCAUGCUGCACGGCACUGGGCCUGGACCAGGGCAGUCCAAGUUGGGUCAAAUGUAUGAACACGGCCCCUACUCCAGCUAUGAUCAACCUGGUGCACCUGGAGCACGAAUGAUGGCUCAGAAUGGUCCUAGCCAGGGGCCACCGAAUGUGAACACGGCAUUGAAUGGAAUGACCUCCCACUAUAACCCAGCCAACUCUAGCAACACUCAUCAUGGGUACCAGAGUGAUGCGGGGGGAGGAGGAAGUGGAGGUGGAGUUUGGGCCCAGCAGCAGCAGAGCAGAUCUGUAUAUCAGCAGUCAUCAGCACCAUCAGGAGGCGGCCCCAGUCAGAUGGGGGGCUACCAGAUGUCUCAAGGAAGUUAUGCAGGGAUUCAAGGUCCACCUACAUCAAGUACUUCUCGCAUCAACCAACACUACCCUUCUCAAAGUAUGGUGCCCCCUCCUGCUCAGGACCCAUCUCACUACUUAGGACAUGUUGGGAUGGGAGGGGUCCAGAUGAGACAUCCCCAGCCUCAGCCACAAUCCCAGGGCUAUCCCAAUAUGGGCCACACACCUCGAUACCCACACUCCCCCUCCAGACAGCCUCCACACCCCCACCAGCACCAACAGGGCAUGGCACCAUUUGGGGGUGCUCAGUACCCUGGCUAUCAGGCCCAGUAUGCUGCUAUGGGACCUGGGAUGGGCCAGGGUGCUAAUGCUGCUGUCGGUGCUAACACCAGCCAGGCUUUGGGAUCAGGGCAGCUCGGCCAGAGGUUCAGCCAGGGAACAAGUUCAGCACCCGGGCAGCAGGGACAACGAUACCCCCCAGGACCGCCACACCAGACUCUCUCUGCCUCCAUGCAGCAGCAGGCAGGGCAACAAGGCCAGCCUAUGCACCCCCUCAACCACCCCCAGAACCUAUCCCAGCCCCCAAACCAGCCCCAAUCGCACCUUGCCCCCCAAACUCAGGGAUCUUUCUCCUCCCCCUCCUCCAUGUCUCCCAUGCGGGUUUUGGGAACUCCAACCCCUCCUCCCCAACAGGGCAGACCCCCUAGCGCAGGAUUACCUGUUCCAUCAGAGGUUGCAGGAUACACAGCCCUGCAGUCUCCACCCAGUACUAUGACCCAUGCACAAAGAACUCCCCAAACCCCAUUAACUGCCACACACCCCCAACACCAGCAGCCCCACAUGCCCCCCAAUGCAGGCCAAAUGUAUCCUGGCAUGGGGCCGCAGCGUGGUCCACAAAUGGGUCCAAAUAGGCUGCAGCAACAGCAAGGGCCUCAUGAAGCCUCAGUCACCCAGGGUGGAGACCAGCGUCUACUCCAGACCCAACAGGCCUCUCGAGGGGGGCAGCCUAUGCAGCCUGCUUCCAUGGGUUUCCAGGGUCCACCUAUCAGUCAACAUGGAGUCCCUGCCCCUAACCAGGGUUUAGCUCCACCCACCCAAAGCACUCAAACGCAGCACGGGCAUCUGCCCCCACACCCUCUUCACCUGCAGAGCACGCCCCCUCCCUCCAACCAGGCCUCCCACCCAUGGGCAGCCUCCACCUCCCACCCUCUCUCCUCCCCCCCUCUUACCCCACAGAAAGUGCCUCACAUACAGCAUUCCCCCUCGGACCUGUCAGGUGAUGCCUCAAUGAUGGUUCCUGACAGGCCAGCGGUUGGUGCCGGAGCCCCCAACCAACCUAUCAGCACAGAGAAGCCAAGUGAUCAGGAGACCAAGCCAAAAAAGAAGAAGAAAAAGAAAGCAAAAGUAGAUGAGAAAGAAGGAGGCGCAAAGGCAGCCAGGGAAGGAGGAGAUGAAGUCAAGUCAGAAUUUCCUGCAACAGGAAGUAAUGUGGGUGAACAGGUUACUGGCACAGGACUUGUUGAAGGAAGUUUGCCGCCAGUGGAAGGGAAGAAAAAGCGGAAAAAGAAACCAAAGGAGAAGACAGAGGGCAAGGAGCCCAAAGAGCCCAAGACUCCGAAGACACCCAAAACACCCAAGACUCCCAAAGAGCCCAAGGAGAAAAAAGCCAAGAGCACCACACCCAAGGCCAAGACUCCCAAGAAGACCAGCAGUAAAAAAGUGGAAUCAGAAGGCGGAGCCAGCGCUGCAAAGAAGGACUCCAAGAGGAAGAGAGAGUCGUCAGGUGGGGACGAUGUGGAGGUGAAGUCUCCACUGCCGUCUCCUCCUGAGGAAGAGGAUGAUGAUGGCGUACAGAAGCGUCGUUCAUGUCGUCAGGUGAAGAGGAAGAGGUACACCGAAGACCUGGAGUUCAGGAUCUCUGAGGAUGACGACAGCGGAGAUGACUCGCCAACACCAAAAUCUCCAUCAUCAUCCUCGCAACAACAGGAUAUGGCUGAGGUUGAAGGUCCUGUUGUGGAGAAAAUCAUGGGUAUGCGCACAUCUAAAAAACAGCUGGAGUCAGGGGAGGAAGUGGAGGUGGAGGAGUUCUACGUCAAGUUCAAGGGCUUUUCCUACCUCCACUGUCGCUGGGCAGAGCUGGAGGAGCUGGAAAAGGAUAAGAGAAUACACCAGAAGAUCAAAAGGUUUAGGGCCAAACAGCAACUUAACACCUUUAUAACGGAGAUGGAUGAUGAGCCUUUUAACCCGGAUUAUGUGGAGGUGGACCGUGUCCUGGAUGUUUCAGAGAGCGCAGAUGAAAACGGAGAGACGGUGACCUUAUAUUUAGUGAAAUGGUGCAGUUUGCCUUACGAAGACGCCACCUGGGAGCUGAAGGCAGACAUCGACCAGUCCAAGAUUGAUGAAUACGAGCGCAUCGCAGCACGCACGCCCAACACUAACAGAGUGGAUCGGCCUUCUGCAGCCGACUGGAAAAAGCUGGAGAGCUCCAGAGAGUACAGGAAUGGCAAUGCACUCAGGGAAUACCAGCUCGAAGGCCUCAACUGGCUAACUUUCAACUGGUACAACUCACGUAACUGUAUCCUGGCUGAUGAAAUGGGGCUUGGGAAGACCAUCCAGUCCAUCACAUUCCUAUAUGAGAUACACAUGAAGGACAUUGAAGGGCCAUUCCUGAUCAUCGCCCCUCUCUCCACCAUCCCCAAUUGGGAGAGGGAGUUCAGGACCUGGACAGACCUCAACGUUGUGGUCUACCAUGGCAGCCAGGCCAGCCGGAAAACCAUUCAGGCCUACGAGAUGUACUACAGAGAUGCACAGGGUAAGGUAAUAAAGGGAGUGUAUCGCUUCCACGCGGUGAUAACAACAUUCGAGAUGAUUCUGGCUGACUGUCCGGAGCUUCGCAGCAUCCCAUGGCGCUGUGUGGUGAUUGACGAAGCCCACCGUCUCAAAAACCGAAACUGCAAACUACUGGAGGGACUGAAAAUGAUGGAUAUGGAGCAUAAAGUUUUGUUGACAGGAACUCCUCUUCAGAACACAGUGGAGGAGCUCUUUAGCUUACUCAACUUCCUGGAACCUGAGAGAUUCCCAUCUGAACAGACAUUCAUGACUGAAUUUGGAGACCUAAAGACUGAAGAACAGGUCCAGAAACUGCAAGGCAUCCUGAAGCCCAUGAUGCUGAGAAGACUGAAGGAGGACGUGGAGAAGAACCUGGCCCCCAAAGAGGAGACCAUCAUUGAGGUGGAGUUGACCAACAUCCAGAAGAAAUACUACCGAGCAAUUCUGGAAAAGAAUUUCUCAUUCCUGUCCAAAGGAGGAUCAGGAGGAGGCGGAGGAUCCAGUGUCCCCAACCUCCUCAACACCAUGAUGGAGUUGAGGAAAUGCUGCAACCACCCCUACCUCAUUAAUGGAGCGGAGGAGAAGAUCAUUGAGGAGUUCAGGGACUCUCAUGGGGGCAGGACGGACAUGCCUGAAAUGGGUCUUCAGGCUAUGAUCCAGGCAGCUGGUAAACUGGUGCUCAUUGACAAGCUGCUGCCCAAACUGAAAGCUGGUGGGCACAGAGUGUUGAUUUUUAGUCAGAUGGUUCGUUGUCUGGAUAUUCUGGAGGACUACCUCAUCCAAAAACGAUAUUUCUAUGAGCGGAUAGACGGCAGAGUUCGUGGGAACCUGCGACAAGCAGCCAUCGACAGGUUCUCCAGACCAGACUCGGACCGUUUUGUCUUCCUGUUGUGUACAAGAGCUGGUGGGCUCGGCAUCAACUUGACUGCAGCUGAUACAUGCAUCAUUUUUGACUCUGACUGGAACCCUCAGAACGACCUACAGGCGCAGGCGAGGUGCCACCGUAUCGGCCAGUCCAAGUCCGUCAAGAUCUACCGUCUGAUUACGAGGAACAGCUAUGAGAGGGAGAUGUUUGACAAGGCCAGUCUGAAGCUGGGGCUUGAUAAGGCCGUUCUUCAGAGCAUGAGUGGACGAGAGAACGCAAACAGCGGGGUCCAGCAGUUAUCCAAAAAGGAGAUAGAGGACCUACUGAGAAAGGGUGCCUAUGGAGCUCUAAUGGACGAGGAAGACGAAGGCUCCAAAUUCUGCGAAGAAGAUAUCGACCAGAUUCUGCAGAGACGAACCCACACCAUUACUAUUGAAUCAGAGGGAAAGGGCUCUACUUUUGCUAAGGCCAGUUUUGUUGCGACAGGAAACCGAACAGACAUUUCCCUGGAGGAUCCAGACUUCUGGCAGAAAUGGGCCAAGAAGGCUGAGCUGGACAUGGAUGCCAUCAACGGCCGGAACACGCUGGUCAUUGACACACCGAGGGUGCGAAAGCAGACUCGACACUACAGCAGUGUCAAAGAGGAUGAGAUGCUCGAGUUCUCUGAGCUGGAGAGUGACGAUGACGAGCCCAGCAAGCCCUCCACUAAACAACGACGGCCUCAAGACAAAGUCCAGGGCUACCCUCGAUCCGAGUGCUUCAGGGUGGAGAAGAACCUGCUUGUCUACGGUUGGGGCAGGUGGAGUGACAUUCUGGCUCAUGGUCGCUUCAAGCGCCCCCUGAAGGAGGCUGAUGUGGAGACGAUCUGCAGGGCCCUCCUGGCCUACUGCCUGCUGCACUACCGUGGAGACGAGAACAUCAAAAGUUUCAUCUGGGACCUGAUCACUCCAUGUGAAGAUGGGACCACCAAGACACUGACCAAUCACUCUGGUCUCUCCACGCCUGUUCCCAGGGGCAGGAAGGGCAAGAAGGGGAAACUGACGACUCCGACUCCACAGACUCCACGAGCCGACUGGCUGGCCAGCUGCAACCCGGACCACUUGCUGCAGGAGGAUAGUUAUAAGAGGCACCUGAAGCACCACUGUAACAAGGUCCUGCUGAGGGUGAGAAUGCUGUAUUAUCUGCGACAGGAAGUCAUCGGCGACCAGGCCGAGCGUAUCCUGGAAGAAGCCGACUCCAGUGUGCUGGAUAUCUGGAUUCCUCAGCCGUUUCACGCUGAAGUCCCGGCUGACUGGUGGGACAGCGAGGCUGACAAGUCCCUACUCAUCGGCGUCUUCAAACACGGCUAUGAGAAGUACAACUCCAUGCGCGCCGAUCCGGCCCUGUGUUUCUUGGAGAGAGUGGGCAUGCCAGACGCCAAAGCGAUCGCUGCUGAGCAGAGGGGCGCUGACAUGAUGGCAGAUGGUGUUGAGGGUGAGGAUGAGGAUCCAGAGUACAAACCAAUGCGUAUGUCUUUUAAGGACGACAUGGACGACUUCACCAACUCUCCACUUGAUGACUUGGUGGAGGGUGAGGCUGAAGUCAAAUCAGGUGAAAACGGUCAAAGUGCACCAACUGUGGGCGGAGCUUCUGGCUCAAACGAGCGACUUUACUGGCCUGCAGCCUCAGCCCUUACGGCUCGUCUGCGUCGUCUGAUCACUGCUUACCAGCGCUCCAACCGUCGAGAGCUGCUCCGCCAGGAAGCUCUCAACAGACCCGAUGGUCGCCGCAGACGACGCAGGGAGUUCCUGCCUUCCAUCGCCAUGGUUCCUGAAUCCGGAGGUGGAGCAACGUACAUCCAAGAUGGUUCGGGAAUGUUCAUGACGGAAGGAAGCCCAUAUUUGGCUAAAGGAAGUGCGUACUUUGCCAAAGGUGGUCAGUUCAUGCCAGACUCUUCGCCAGUGAUGACCGCCAGCUCCCUGAUGUCUGAUGGAGCUAUGUAUUACAAAGAGAGAAGACAAAGAUGGACGCGUCGCGAGGAAGCAGACUUUUACCGUGUCGUGUCCACCUUUGGAGUUGUUUUCGAUACAAAGCAUCAGAAGUUCGACUGGAGUCAGUUCAGAGCUUUCGCUCGACUGGAGAAAAAAACGGACGAGAGCUUGGAGAAAUAUUACUACUCCUUCAUUGCCAUGUGCAAACGGGUCUGCAGGAUGCAGAUCAAGACUGAAACAGAACUUCCAGACCCAACUCUGAUCAUUGACCCCAUCACAGAGGAGCGAGCGUCUCGCACCUUGUACCGCAUCGAGCUGCUCCGCCGCAUCAGAGAGCAGGUCCUGCCUCACCUGCUGCUGUCAGAGCACCUCAAGCUCUGCCAGCCCUCCCCAGACCUCCCAGAGUGGUGGGAGUGUGGGCGCCAUGACCGUGACCUCCUGCUGGGUGCCUCCAAGCACGGUGUGAGCCGUACAGAUUACCACAUCCUAAAUGACCCGACCUUAGGGUUUCUGGAGGCCCACCAGCGUUACAUCAGCCAGCGAGGGGCCGGUGUUGGCAUGGGAACCCUGGGAGAGCCCACCAAGUUUGUGAUGGGAACUGCAGAACCAUCUUCAGUUCCACUUCUAAGCCCCGCGGAGCUGGCAUCUGCUGCAGCUGCUGCCAGAAGUGCUGUUGAUAAAGAGGAAGAAGGGCAGGAGCUAAAGACUGAGGACAACAAAGACGACAGGUUGGAGGUGAAAAUGGAAAUAGAAGAAGGAGAUGGCAUUAUUCUUCCAUGCACCAAGACCGAAUCCCUUAAUGAAGAGAUGGAGCAUCAAGGAGUUGUUGAAGGACAAGAUAUUACAAUUAAAUCACCAAUGAAGGAGAUCAAGACGGAGCAGAUUCCACCAAAGACUGAAAAAGACGAUGAGGAUGCAAAGACAGAAGAGCAGACUGAAGAAGACAAGAAAUUCACUCAUGAACUUCACCAAAACAAAGACUUGACAGAAGAGAAAAGCAGCUUCAGUCCUGAACACACUCUGAGCAUUCAGAAGAACCUUGACCUUGAGCCUCCAGAACAACCAGAGCCGUCUUCUGAAGCUCAGCUGGACCACAAGGCUGCAGAGGAGGAAGAUGGAGAGGAGAAAGAAGCCCCAGACGCCCUUAAAUCUCCCAACUCUGCUGAGAAGAGCCCAGAAGAGGAAGAGGAGGAGAGACUGGAUGAAGAUGACAAAUCAGAAAAGUCUUCUCAAGCUGAAGUGAGCACAGAGCAGAAGAACUUCGAUGAGGAGAGUAUUACUUCUCUGAGCACGUCCGUUCGAGACGAGACCCGUGAUGGGUUCUGCCCCGAAGACUUGACGGAAACCUCAGCGCUGCAGGCCCUGCAGGAACGCACCUAUGGCUUCUCAUUCUGGCCUAAGGAUCGAGUGAUCAUCAAUAGGUUGGAUAACAUUUGCGAGGCGGUCCUGAAGGGCAAGUGGCCCAUCAACAGACGCCACAUCUUUGACUUCCCCAGCAGCCUCCUGCCAGGUCAAGGCUCCACAGCAGCCACGGCAGCUGUAGCCAUGGUGAGCGAGAGUCCGCUGCAGAGGCGGAGCCUGGCCGAGCUGACCAUGGCUGGCCUCCAUACGCCGUACAGUGGGAGUGAGGACAAAACGCUGUCGCCACAGGUUCACGAGGAUGCUCUGAGUUUGACGGUGCCUCGACAGAGGAGGAGGAGACGGAAAAAGAUUGAGAUCGAGGCAGAAAGAGCAGCCAAGAGACGCAACUUGAUGGAGAUGGUGGCUCAGCUGAGAGAAAGCCACGCUGCUGCAGAAUCUCAGAACCAGGCUAUAGACCUCACCAAGGGUGUACACCAUCACCACAAGGCAUCUUCCACUUUGACUGGCUUCCCCAGUGCCUUGGUGACAAGCCCCUCCCUCAAAGCCCAAAUGGAGCUGCUUCAGCAAGUCCCGCCCUCUGCACACAGAGCCAACGGUUCGUUGGAGGCUGACCUGCCCAUCAUCAGAAGAAGGCGGGGCCGCAGGAAAAAUGUGGAGGGCCUGGAGCUGCUGUUCAUGGGCAACAAGAGAGCAGGAGGGGGGGAGGAUGCUGAUGGGACAAAGAUUACAGGUGUGGAGGGGGUCCAGGAGGCUGCCCAUUCCCACAGACCCCUCCCUGUCCCCGAGCAGAGUCCCAGCACCCGGUCUCUGACCUCAGGUAGCCUGGAGGAGGAAGAGGCAGCAGUUUCCAGCAAAGACCUUGGAGAGUGGCUGAGGCAGCACCCGACGUACACCAUGGACAUGCCUGGAUUCACACCAAAGAGCGAGGAGUUGCUCCUGUCUCAGUUUUCUAAGCCCAAACAGAAACGCCAUCGCUGUCGAAACCCCAACAAAAUCGACAUCAACACCCUGACUGGGGAUGAGAGGGUGCCUGUGGUCAACAGGCGUAAUGGACGCAAGAUGGGCGGAGCUAUGGCUCCACCAAUGAAGGAGCUUCCCCGGUGGUUAUUGGAGAACCCGGAGUUUUCUAUCUCUCCUGACUGGACAGACAUCGUCAAACAGUCGGGUUUCCUCCCAGAAGCCAUGUUUGACCGCCUUCUAACUGGCCCUGUAGUCAGAGAAGAGGGCAUGCGCCGUCGGGGGCGGCGGCCUAAAUCUGAGAUUGUGAAGGCAGCUGCUGCUGCCCAGGCUGCAGCAGCUGCUCAGGCUGCGCAGGCGUCACUGGCUACAGCUGCUUCAACUGCAGGAGGCAUCAACCCUCUGCUGCUCAACAGCCUGUUUGGAGGGAUGGACCUGUCUUCUCUCCAGAGCCUGCAGUCGCUGCAGUUAGCUGCUGGUCUGAUGGCCUUCCCUUCUCACACUGACCCCAAACAGACCGCUGCCAACACGGCCGCCGCCUCCAUGCUGCCCCUCAUGCUGCCCAGUAUAGGAGGCCUGCCCAAUAUGGCCGCCGCCCUCCCCAACAUGUUCAGCCUUGGAGGACUCUUUGGUGGAAGCCUGGCGGCCGCUGCCACAACUUCAUCCAACUCCGUCUCCGUCGCUGCAGGCAACAGAAACGGGACAAUGGAGGCAGAGGGAGGCAACGGUGAGGAGGCGCUGUUGGCAAAGAGGAAGAGAGAGGAGGAGGAGAAAGAAGAGGGAGAAAACGGGGACGAGGUGGGGGAGGAUGAAGAGGAGGCGGAGGGGAACGAGGAGGGAGUGACAAAGGCAAAGAAAAGGAAGAUGGAGGACGGCGCAGUAAAGGUGGAGAAGUCGGUGAGUGAUGCUGCUCCUAAGUUGCCGGCCGUUGACUCGUCAACAGAAGUUUCCAUGAACGGAGACGCAGCCGCCCUGCUGGCUGCUGCCGGCAUGUCUGCCAACUCGCUGGCAUUCAACCCCUUCCUCCUCUCCACCAUGGCCCCCGGACUCCUCUACCCCUCCAUGUUCCUUCCCCCAGGCCUCGCGGGACUCAGCCUGUCAGGCUUCCCAACAGCCUCCACCCUCGCUGAGCUGCAGAGCGCCAUGGCUGGAGCGAUGGGGAACAGCACCCCAACCCCAAACCCCCCAAGAGAUGAGGAAGAGGACACGAGGGAGGGUGUGAAAUCUACAGAAGAGGAGGAGGAGGGUGACGAAGGAGCAGAGAGAGACUUGGCUGAGGAAGAGGGAGGAGCAGAAGGGGGGGCAACGGGAGCGUUUGAACAUCCAGCUCUUGAUAAAGGAGGAGUAGAGGAGGAGGCAGCAGCGUCUCCUCAGAAGAGCACGAGUGACUGAAGUGAAACCCAAAACUGACUGGCCUUGAACAUUUCCGCCCCCCCCCCGACAGCAGCCCUUCCACCCCCCAGCACGUUUACACGCCUCCGACAGAAAUAUCAAACUAUUCUUAGUUUUUCUCCGUUGAGUUUUGAUGAUUGUUCCUUCACUGUUAGUUGGAGGUGUGGAGCGGGCGGAGCGUCUUUGUGUUAACUUAAUCUCUGAUGGACGGCAGCCGCUCGCUCACACGCCGCCUCUUCUUCUAAGACUUCCUGCCUCCCCGGUUGGCCCACGUGCGCUGUGAACUGUGCGCCCACACUUCUUUCCCGCAACCUCUCAAAUAGGACUUUAAAUGUUUCCGAUAGUGCUAUUAUUAUUAUUAUUAUAAUUAUUAUUAUUAUUAUUGCUGCUUUCAGCU